AUGUUGCAACGAUUAUUUGCUAAAUACUCCAAUGUGUUCGACGAUUCGAUCGGAAGGAUUUCUUCGGUGCAGGCCAAUCUGCGGCUGACGCCCAAUGCGAAACCUGUCUUCUUGAAAGCCCGGAAGAUACCGUUCAUAAAGAAGUCGGAGAAUCGUAUGCGAAUCUGCGGUGAUUAUAAGCAGACCGUCAACCCGCUGCUGAUCGGCAUCCGUUGCCAACCGUGGAUGAACUCUAGAGGUGGCACCGGAGGACCGAGAAAUACUGACUCUCAGUACACAUCGGGGAUUAUACCGCCCAAGUCGCCUGAUGUACGGGGUGUCAUCGGCUCCAGCGAUAUGGCAGAGACAAAUAGAGAUCAGGACUUUCCAGGGGUGUCCGUAUUCCUGGACGAUAUAAAGGUUACAGGUCCCAACGACGAGGUCCACCUGCGUCGAUUGGAAGAGGUUCUGCGUCGACUGAGUUACUACGGCUUUAGAGUCAACAAAGAAAAGUGCGUCUUCUUUGCGGAUAAAAUUGAGUACUGCGGGUACGACAUCGAUCGAGAUGGCGUACACAAAGUGGCGAAAAACGUGGAAGUAAUUCAAGAAAUGCGACGGCCGAAAACGAAGGACGAGGUCCGUUCGAUCGUCGGCAUGAUCAACUACUACGGAAGGUUCUUUGAGACGUAG